AUGGGCUGGCCAUGGGAGUUCCUCACUCUAACCGACGAGGAAAAACACCAACGUCGUCUGAGCCUCGAACACUACGCAUACAUAGCCCACCUUUCUGCAUUCGCUCCAGCGCUCUUAUUUGUUCUACUCCGUCUUAUCAACCGCGUCCGACGGAGCCGUAGUAGUGGAUAUCAGCAAGUUCCCGGCUCACCCACCAUUAAGGCGACCCAGCAGAGAUGGAUCUCCAGGGUUAUGGGAAAAGGACCCAUGAUUAAGUGGUGGCUCGGUGAAGAUGUUUGGUUUCUGGGGAGUCAUUGGGGUCAGCGUGAUGAGUGGGUUUUGGGUAUUGCGUGGACAGCUUGGUUGUUGUUGUUGAGUAUUCACGGGACAGGAAAAGACUAUCUUCAUCUCACAAAGCGGCUUGGAAUUGUUGCAACUUCUCAGAUGCCUAUUCAGUAUCUCCUUGCUCUCAAGGCCAUCAACCCAUUCGCUUUUGUCCUCCGCUCAUCUCAUGAGCAUAUCAACCGGUACCAUCGCGUACUGGGCCGCAUCGUCUACUUCCUCCUAACUCUUCACGCUAUUCUUUACAACGUCUUCUUUAUUGAGUCAGGAAUAUGGUUUAAACGCUUCUUCGCUCCCAUUGUCUUUGCAGGCGUUGCAGGCUUCAUCGUCAUGCACGCACUCAAUGGCACAGCCAUGGCUCGUGUUCGUCAGCAGUCGUAUCGUGUAUUCUUCAUCGUCCAUCUUCUCGGUGCUUUCGCUAUACCGCCUUUGAUCUACUACCAUGCGCCAUCGUCGCGGUUCUACAUCGGUGAAGCCAUCGGCGUCUUCGUCCUGGACCUUGCUGUGCGAAAGAUGAUCACCAUCACAGCACCUGCUGUCGUUGAGGCGAUACCCGGCACCAGUCUCGUCAAAGUAUCUGCCACUAUGCCCUCUCACAAGAUUGCAAAAUACGCCGCCCGUCCAGGAUCACAUAUUUACCUCAACGUUCCUCCGGCCUCUCGUCCUGGCACUGGCCAGUUCUCUGCACCACAUCUCGUCUUUGAGUUUUUGUAUAACCCCUUUACAGUGGCAUCUACCAACCAAGAAACGGGUGAACUGACCUUUGUCGCACGUACGAGAACUGGCCCCAUGACGAACCGUCUGCAUCAUCUCUCUACCACCAAUGAUGGAGUGGCGGCUGAAAAGGUCGAGCUUAACAUCGAAGGUCCUUACGGUACUAUAGGAAAGACGUUUAACGAUCUCAUCACAUCAGGCAUCAGCCGUGUGCUCAUCGUGGCUGGAGGUGUAGGAGCGAGUUUCGCUAUACCGCUUUACCACGCUGUCAACGCAGAAAACUCCAUUGCGCAUGUUCAGCUUAUCUGGGCCAUCCGUAGCGCCGGCGAUGCUACAUGGGCUUCAUCAACUCCUACCGGAAAGUCUAUUCUCGACGAUGAUCAAGUGCAAUUAUUCCUUACAGGUGAUAUGGGCGUUGCCGACGACAGUGACAACGCUGCUGGAGUUGAGAUGAAUGAUAUGGCGCAACAAACGACCCGCCCAGCUGUACGAAACAACAAAAGACCAGACUUGCAAAAGAUUGUUGAUGAUACGUUCCGGAAGUCGCAGCAAGAGAAUGUUGCUAUUUUGGUUUGCGGCCCUACUGAAAUGGUCAGAGAACUGCGCAAGAGUGUUAGACCUUGGGUGAUGAAGGGACGUAAUGUUUGGUGGCAUAACGAAAGUUUUGGAUGGUAA